AUGUCAAAUGAUAGCUUCAUUGACAGCGGUGUGACUGGAGAAGUAGUGCACUUUAAAAAGAAAGGUGGAUUUGGUUUCAUAACUUAUGAUGAUGCCAAAGUGUUUUUCCAUAUCUCAGAAGUCUCAUACUCGUCCGUUGAAGUUGGCGACGAGGUGACAUUUGACUUGUAUAUGGGAUCGAAGGGAUACAUAGCAAAAUCUGUCCAGUUUUCAACCUGGGAUGAUGACAAUAAUGAGUCCGAGUCUGAGUCCGGGGAGGAACUUAUUCAACAAGGUGAAUACGGAGUAGUGAAUCAAUACAACGACAAACGUAGUUUUGGCUUCAUCCGAGUGAACGACACUUACAACAAAGUGUUUUUUCAUAUUUCAGAUGUUCCAGAGAAAAACAUUGAAGUCGGAGAUGAGGUGAGAUUUGAUUUGUUUGUAGGACCAAAAGGGUACUAUGCAGAAUCUAUUGAGGUUCUGAAUGAUGUGGAUAAUGAUGAGGAUAAUGAUGAUAACGAUUCCGAGUCUGAGUCCGACGAGGCACCUAUUCAUGAAGAAGUUGCUGGAGUAGUGAAGCAGUACAAUGACAAACGUCGUUUUGGCUUUAUCUGGGUGAAUGACACUUACAACAAAGUGUUUUUUCAUAUUUCAGCUGUUCCAGAGAAAUACAUUGAAGUCGGAGAUGAGGUGAGGUUUGAUUUGUUUGUGGGACCAAAAGGUUACUAUGCAGAAUCUAUUGAGGUUCUGAAUUUGGAUGGUGAAGAUUCUGACUCUGAACCUGAUGAAGCUGUGAACCAGGAGGCGCUCCUGAAUUGUAAUGCAACUGGCGUUGUGACGCGAUAUCUAAACAGACGUCGAUUCGGGUUUAUAAAGGUGAAUGAAACAUACAGCAAAGUAUUCUUUCAUGUCUCUGAAGUAUCGUUCAAGCCGGUUGCAGUUCAAGAUCAAGUGGAAUUCCAUUUGUACGUAGGGCCCAAGGGAUACUUCGCAAAAUGCAUCAAUUUUGUUAGUCCAGUUGUAGAAGACAAUGACUGGAAUGAAACGCACUUUGGUCGAACAUCAGGGUCCCAUGGCGCCAAAGAUGGCAGCAAUCCUGCAAAAGCAUCACACGACACAGAGAAGUCUCCCGGAGGAGAAACGGCGCAUGAGCAACAACGUAAAGGUGCCGAUCAGACAUCAAACCAGGACACAUCGAGAAUGUCAAGAGAAAAGGGUAACACGUUUUUCAAGUUAGCUCGUGAUCAGGGAAGCGACAAGGCCAAAUUAGAUCGCUUCAAGAGUGCUCUGGAGUGUUACAAGAAAGCUUACGCCAGUUCUCAAAAGGAUGAUGAUUUGGUUUCAGCGGCAAAGAACACCGGAACUGUUUAUUGGAAGCUAGCUAAACUGAAGAUGAAUACAUGUCCUGAUGAGCGAAAGGUGAUACAUGCGCACUUUAAAGAGGCUCUGCAGCACUUCGGCACCGCUUACACGAAAAGGAACUGCAUGGUCGAGGAAUGGGGCAAACAUCUUGAAAGAUCUAUCAAGGAAUGUCUAGAUGACAUCAGAACAUGGAUCGCACCAAGAAAUGACGAAGAUCGGAUCACUGCCCUCAAGGAGUACGUUGGUUACAUGCCUGAAUGUGACGCUAAGGUCAGCUGCUAUAUUCGCAUCGCAAAUAUGUAUUUCAGAAAAGGAAAAGAUGCUCUGCAACACCAAGCAUACAAAAGCUGCCAAGGGUACAUGGAUGAAUGUAGUACAACCCUGAAUGAAGCAAAGAAAAGAUGUACAGGUGCGGAUUCAAGCUUCAAAGUAAACGUCACUGACCUGGAGGAAGACGUCCAGUACCAAAAAGAUGUCGUCCAGAAAUGUUUAUCAAAAGCCAAAGAUGAACAGGCGCGUCGAGAACAAGAACAAAAGGAAGCUAAGGAGAAAGAGAUUGCAAAGGAACAACUGAAAGGCGUUCUAAAAAAACUGGAAAGUCUUAAAAAGUUACCCGUUGACAAAUUCGUCGAACGAGUAUACAAACAGUGGCCUCCUAAAGGGAUUGAUGAGUCGAAGAUACCCUCUGCAUCGUCAUCGUCAUCGUCGUCUUAGAAAGGUUCACAGAAGAAGCUACUGAUUCGUGCCAUUCGUUGUUAUCACCCUGAUAAGGUGGAUAAGAAUGAUCAUGGUGUAAAAUGGCAUGUUUUGUCCGGCGAGAUUACAAAAUGUCUAACUCUUCUACUAGCUGAUGUUAAUACUUGAAUAAGUGCAGAAUAUCAUCACGUGCAAGCUUCGUCAUUGAUCGUAGUAGGGCUAUGAUACUGUACUAGAAGCACUACCGUUGUACGGGUAUAUUCCCCGGGCUUUAUUUCAUCAAAGACACAGUGUUGAGGUCGCUAUUGGUUUAAGGUUUAAAAGUAAGGACCAGUAUUGGAAACGCCCCAAUUUCA